CAUACGACACUUCAUUAUUUUUUUUAAUAAUGGCAGUUAAAUUAUAGCUACUUCAACAAUUUUAAGUUUGAUCUGGCAAUACUGAUCCCAGCCUUGUAAUAUGGCCGCUGCAGGCAAGAAGACCAAAAAGCAAAAAUGGGUCAAAGCAAACAUCACAGACAUUAUCGCAGAACCCACUACAAUCCCUACGGUUAAUAAUUGGGCAGAAUCUGUGGAGGAGGAAACAAUCUAUGGACAUCAUCAAACUCGUCCAGUGGUACUACCAUCUGCAUCUCGUGCAGCCCGUGGUGGUCUUGCAAUUGAUGAUGAAAGUAUUCCAAAGCGACCACCAUAUAUUGCACAUAUAUCAAACCUGCCAUAUGAUGUGGAUGAUUGUGCUAUAUCUGACUUAUUUGAAGGGCUUAAGAUUGCCAACCUGAGACUGCCUAAAGAGGGUGAAAGGUUGAAAGGAUUUGGAUAUGUUGACUUUGAAGAUAGAGAGAGUCUUGUCAGUGCUAUGAAUAUACCGGAUCUUACAAUUGGUGGCAGAAGGAUUAGAAUAGAAGUUUACACAAAAGAAAAUGAUAGACGUGGUGGUAUGGGAAGGAGUGGUCGCUCUGACCGAGACAGGGACUAUGACCCUGAACGGACAAUGGGAGAUUGGAGAUCUGGACCCCGUGCAAUGCCUGAACCAUCAAGAGCCAGGCCACCUGAUAGAGAGAGAGAUAACAGAGACAGGGACAGAGAGAGAGACUCAAGCGCCGACAACCGUCCGGGUGGAUGGAGGGAUGGUGAACGCAGUCAGCCAGAGCCGGCGCGGACGCCGUACGGAGGCCGGGACUCAUACGGACGUGAUCGAGAUCGAGGAUUCAGCAGAGAUGGCGAGAGAGGCGGUGGAUUCGGAAGAGAUGGCGAGAGAAGCGGGGGAUUCGGAAGAGAUGGCGAGAGAAGCGGGGGAUUCGGAAGAGACGGCGAGAGAAGCGGAGGAUUCGGAAGAGAUGGCGAGAGAAGCGGAGGAUUUGGUAGAGACGGCGAGAGAAGCGGAUAUGGGGGGCGUGAUGGAUUCCGCACGGCUGAGAGAGAGGGCGGGUUCAGUCGUGACAGCAGGGGCUUCGGUAGUCGAGGUUUUGGAGAUCGUGACCGUGAAAGAGACCCACCAAGAGAAGAGUCCAAGCCUCGUGAGCGUCCAAAAUUGAACCUACUGCCCAGAACUGUCCCCCGGGAGACUGAGGUUCCAACGAAGCCUGCAGAUGGUGCUCUGUUGGAUGACAAGCCGGCUCAACCAAAACCAGUCACUGCUGAGAAGGUGUUCGGUGCAGCUAAGCCUGUAGAUACUGCUGCCAAAGAGCGUGAAAUUGAAGAACGUUUGCGGAAGCAAGAAGAAGAAGCCCGUCGUGGUACAGAAGAAAAAGAACGCUGGGGCAGACGGAAUGAUCAUUCCGGUGAUCGUCGCGGACCCAGACGCGAUGAUCGUGGCAGAGAUACGCGAAGCUACAACAGGGACCGUCGGGACUACUCCAAGGAUGACAAAGAUAGGCGCGACCAACCACGUGAUGACCGCGAUAGACGAGACUACUCACGGGACGAUCGCGACCGGCGAGACUUCUCACGCGAGGAUCGGGAAAAGCGUGACUAUUCACGUGAAGAUCGCGAGAAGCGCGACUACACACGGGACGAAAGGGAGAAACGCGAUUAUUCUAGAGACGCCCGCGACAAUAGGGACGAUAAGGAUUACAGAGAUGAUAGGGGUAAUAGAUCACGGGAGCGAGACGACCAUCGCGAUGGUGACGAACGACGAGAUAAUCGGGAAAGUUCCGGGGACCGGUCACGCGACCGCCCGACUUCCGGCGACAGGCGCGCCGCCAGUCGCGAGGAUGGUACACAAGAGAGCAACGGUGAGCGACCGUCCCGCUCCAGGGACCGGGCCGACGACACCGACAAGAAACCCCUGCCCAAGCUCAAGGAACAGGAGAAACCUAAUUUCAUAGCAUCAAACAAAUUCAGUUUCUUAGAAGACGCGGACGAGGGCGGCUCCGACUAGCCGUGUCGUGACUCAGUGCUCAGUGCGUAUAGUUGAGUGGUCCGUGUAGUGAGCCCACCUGCCGCGGGCGUGGACUGCGUGGUUUAUAUUUAGUGUUCGCUGUAUGAACUAUGAACGCGCCGCCGAGACGCGCGCCCCAGUCCUUGUCUGCGCGUCCGAGACUUCGCUUCAUUCCGUUGUCUCACUGCAGAAUUGGCCAUUUUACAAUUGGCUGAACUAACCUGCCACAUUGUAACUAUUUAUUAGGUGGCCAAAUAUAUAUUAUGUCUGAUUCUGCGAUCGGACGACAUUUUACGCUAAUUAAUUAUGUAGAUUGUAGAUAAUUUGUUGGGGCCUUGAGUAGGGAGUUAAUUCAAUUCAAGGCUGGUCGGUGAUAUGUUCAGACAUGUCAGGUGAGGGCUGGGGCGAUGUUCUCGACAUAUUGAUGUAAAUUUUCUAUGGUUUGUAUCAUUUAUAUAACGCUGUAUACACAGUAACCCAAAGCUGCCGAGAGCUUUACGCCGAUUCCUAAUUCCCAUUGAACUGAUUGUUAAUACAGGUGCUCUCAAUAUUAUUCUUGUGUGUAUAAUUAAUAUUUUUUAAUGUUAUUUGUUGAUCGGUGAUUUUCACUGCAACUCCACCAAUAGGGAAUCUUACUUCAUUAUUUUAGAAUUGUCUAUACUUAUAUUUAGAUUAUUAUUAGAAUAUUAAUUGUAUUAUUUAUCUUUACUCUGAAAUUUGUUCAUAUAGCUGCUAUGAUUAAUUUGUAUCACCCGGGUUCUGUUUCCAAAAUAAAUCAUAAAUAGUUUUUCCAAUGUUCAGUCACAACAUUCACGGGCUUUAAUGUCAUUAUGGCAUCAAUAUUGAUUUGACAUGUCAUUGAAAUUGGUACAUAAUGUCUGUUUGUGAAUUAUAAAUAAAUUUCUCAUUUUACAGGA